CCUAAACAUUAGUAAGAUAUUGUUCUAAUACUAUUAGUGCCUUUUUAAGUAACCUUUCCAUGUGUCUUUACAUUUCUUGUUGGAUGUCUCAAUAUUGUUAUUAAGUUCAUUAGAUAAACUAAAACUCUGAAGAGUUCAAAUUCGAUGACUAUUCAACCUACCUUGCACUAACCAUAAGCGGGGCAUCUCUAUUCAUACUUUCCUUCUUAUUCGGAUUGUUCAGAACAUGUAAUUAGAAUUCAGGCAUUUUCUGGGCUUAACUAUGUUGUCUUGUGUUUGGAUAGACACUCAUAACUGUUGGAAUGGGUUUUGGUUAGUCAUCAGAUGAUGUGGUAAUGAAUUAGAAAUAUUCUUUUAGUUUGGAAAAAUUGAUUUUACUUUUAAUUAUCCUGCAGCUGAAUUUGUUGCAAUUUGUGGAAUAUUUUUACAGGCAUUACAAAAUUGUUAUGAACAUAGUUUGGAUGUCGAAUCAAAAUGA